ACAUGUACACACCACAAUUUCGAAAUUAAAACAAAGUAACAUGCGGAUGGAAAACAGCCCCCACCACUUAGACACUCCACUUCAUGAUUACCAUCAAGAAAGAUCUUUAGUUCCCACAAGAAAUUUCCCCACAAACAUUUUUUCUUUCUGUUUUCUCUCUUGGCAAUAAAAGAUUCAACCUUUGAAGAGUAAUCCCCAUUAAUCUUUUCAUCUUUUCUUUUAAUGGGUUAUUUUUCUUGUUUAUGUCCUUAGUAGCUUGUUGUUUUUGUGGUUGAGUAAAAGAGUGAGUAAAAGAGCGAGUGAUGGGUAGCUGCUGGUGUAAGUGGAAACCCUCGAUAUAUAGAGUCUCAUCAAACUCAAAAUCAGAGUUGACUAGGGAUGAAAGUUCAUUGGCAAGAAGAAAGGAGGAAGACAAUAAACUGCCGUCAAACCCUGAAGAAGUGGAAGAUUUUCGUCGUAGUUCUGCAACUAACCUUUAAUCGUUUUCACAUUUGAUGAACUUAGAAAAAAUCACUGGUAAUUUUAGACAAGAUCACAUGCUAGGUGGAGGCGGAUUUGGUAGUGUUUAUAAGGGUUUCUUGAAGAUGUUUAAAAGAGGGGAUUCAGCCAAUCCGGUAGCUGUUAAAGUUCAUGAUGGAGAUAACAGUCUGCAAGGCCAUAGAGAAUGGCUGGCCGAGGUUAUAUUUUUAGGGCAGCUUACUCAUCCAAAUUUAGUGAAAUUGAUCGGAUACUGCUGUGAAGAUGAGCAUAGAGUCCUUAUAUACGAAUAUAUGGCACUUGGAAGCGUGGAAAAUAAAUUAUUUUCGAGGGUGUUACUUCCUCUUCCAUGGUCAACUAGAAUGAAGAUUGCUUAUGGUGCUGCAAAAGGACUUGCCUUCCUUCAUGAUGCACCAAAACCUGUCAUAUAUCGUGAUUUUAAAACUUCAAAUAUUUUGCUAGACCCGGACUAUAAUGCAAAACUUUCCGAUUUUGGGCUAGCGAAAGAUGGUCCUGUUGGAGAUAAAACUCAUGUUUCUACUCGCAUAAUGGGAACGUAUGGGUAUGCAGCGCCUGAGUAUAUUAUGACAGGCCAUUUGACUCCAAGAAGUGAUGUUUAUAGCUAUGGUAUCGUUCUUCUUGAACUUCUAACCGGAAGAAAAUCAUUGGACAAAUCAAGGCCACCUCGAGAACAAAACCUUGCAGAUUGGGCUCUCCCAUUACUUAAGGAAAAGAAGAAGUUGCUAGACAUCGCAGAUCCUAGGCUAGGUGAUUACCCUAUCAAAGGGUUCCAAAAGGCAGCCAUGCUAGUUUACCAUUGCUUGAAUCGUAAUCCGAAAGCUAGACCACUUAUGCGGGACAUAGUAGAUUCUUUGGAGCCGCUGCAAGUUGCACCCGAAGUUUUGUCCCAGGGAACUACCUUGACUUUGAUUGCUGAUAAUUAAAGAUGCAAACUAUUAUUCAAACUACUAUAUUUUUUUCAAUUCUUUUUGUUUUCAAUCAUAACAUGCAACUUAUAUGGUUACUUUGGCAACUUAUGUUGUAGUGUAUAUGGAAAAUGAAGAUGUGUUUAAAAUGGCA